AUGGAACAAACCAUGAACAACAACAAUAGUGUUUCUUCACCACCUCAGCAAGUAGUACUCACAAACCCAUUACCUCAAAUCAUGAACAUGAAUGUCGGAAACAGUGUUAGUGGUGUUAAUACUACUGGAACAUCAAUGGUGGUUUCUACAGUAGCAGUGGCAACAACGACGACAACGACGGCGACGACGCCGGGAAGCAGUGGUGGAGUAAGCUUUGAUUUGUUUGGGAAGAAGAAAAGAGGUAGACCGAGAAAAUAUGAUGCGGAUGGAAACCUAAAUCCUAACUACAAGAAGAUUGAAAAAACACCAACAACAACAACACCGUUGUUACCACCACCACCUGGAUUCACUUUGUCUUCAAAUGAGUUUUCCUCCAAAAAGGGCCGUGGGAAACCAACUGGGUUUGGAAAUUACCAAAUCGUUUCUUCUUUUGGUGAAGUGUUUGCAAGCACAGCUGCUGUGGAUUUUACACCGCAUGUGGUUACAGUUUAUACAGGAGAGGAUGUUGGUGGGAAGAUCUUGUCAUUUGCGCAGAAGAGUCCAAGAGCUAUAUGCAUUCUUUCUGCCAAUGGAGCUAUCUCUAAAGUCACACUACGUCAACUUGGUUCUUCCGGUGGUGGUAUUUUGACUUAUGAGGGUCGGUUUGAGAUUUUAUCUUUGUCUGGAUCAUAUACGGUCUCAGACACUAGCGGCAUAAGAACUCGCGAUGGUGGGUUGAGUGUCUCACUUGCUGGUCCUGAUGGCCGGGUGAUUGGAGGUUCUGUUGCUGGUCUCCUUACAGCUGCUGGUCCUAUCCAAAUUGUAGUAGGAAGUUUCACGCCAGAUGGCAACAACAAGACGCAUAAAAAGAAGUACCAACGGGAACAAAUGGCGUCGUCUCCAACUUCAACUGGUCCAGAACUAGUGACAGCAGCAAGACCUAUCUCACAAGCAGCAAAUGCUCAUGGUGAAAACUUUAUGAUACCGAUUUUGUCUCAGUUACCUGAUCAUCAAAACCAGAGAGAAUCCGUCAGUGUUUCAAGCGAUAAACUGAACUUAGAUGACACACCUGAUGCUGCUACAUGGACCGGUUCCGAUGAAUAUUCAGAUCAAAGAACAUCUCCAGAUAUCAACAUUUCUUUGCCUGAUGAAUAG